AUGGUCAACACAUACAGUACAGACUUAGCGGAGUUGGCAACCUGGCAGGUUUUCUGUGUUGUGGCGAGCCUCUCACUUUUCGCAUCCUGGCUCUUCAAGGUCGCCUAUGGCACUGAUGUGCCUAAAAUCAAAGGAAUCCCAGAGCUACCUAAGGCAAUCCCUUUCUACGGUCAUCUGAAGUUCCUUGGCUCUGACCACCCAUCUGCAUUUCAAGAAUUCUAUAGAGAGAACAAGUAUGAAGUGCUACAAGCGAAGCUUGGGAAUCGGCGAAUCCUGGUUGUCAACUCCUACGAAGCGGCGCAGGAUUUCUUUGUGAGGAAUGCAUCGGCAACAAUUGACCGUCCACUUUUCUAUACUUUUCACAGUGUUGUAAGCAAGACCCAAGGGGGAACGGUUGGUACAGCGCCGUGGAAUGAAUCAACGAAACGUAUGCGCACCGCUAUUGGUGCCUUGAUGACUCGCCCGGCCAUCCAACGAUCAGCUCCCAUGUUAGAUAUCGAAACUUCGGCUCUGGUCAACGACAUCUUUGCUUGUGCGGCCCACGGCGCUUCUGAGGUGGAUCCUCGAAUAUUUUUCCAGCGUCAGGCGUUGAAUCUGACUUUGAUGUGGUGCUAUGCAAGAUCGGUCUCAUCCGCAAGGACGAAGAUAGCCUUGAAUGACCGGACUGUCCGCGAUGACUGGCUGAACGAGUUGUUUCAGAAAGUCGUGGACGCUGUCUCGGCCGGGCGGAAAUCAGAUUGCAUCUCUGCAGGCCUGUUGAAGGACACGAGUGGCACCAAACUGACAGAGGCGGAAAUAAAAUCUAUAAACGUUUCUUUCGUAUCAGGUGGCUUCGAGACGCUAGCCACUUCUGCCAACGCCUGCAUCAGUUGGCUUUCUACAGAUGAAGGCCAGCUUAUGCAGGAAAAAGCAUUCCAGGACAUCCUGAAACACCAUGGCAGCACUGAGGCAGCUUGGGAUGAAUGCGUUCUUGAAGAGAAGUCUCCUUAUGUUAUCGCUCUGGUACGCGAAGGCCUUCGUUACUAUUGUCCCAUUCCACUCCUUCCACCACGACAGACCAUGAAGCCAUUCACCUGGCGCGGUAUUGAAAUUCCCAAGGGACUCACGGUACAUAUCAACACACAAAGCGUUAAUCAUGACGCCGUUUGCUAUGGUCCUGAUGCUCAUCUAUUUCGACCAGAACGAUGGCUGGAGGACGGGAUCCAUACUGUGAAACAACCUGGCCCUCCAUAUCAGUAUUCCUAUGGAGCUGGGUCCCGCAUGUGUCCGGCUGUUGCAAUUUCUAAUCGACUCCUUUACGCAACAUACGUUCGUCUGAUCGUUCAUUUUCAUAUCAAGGCGUCCAUUGAUGCCCUUCCAAAUGUCGAUUACAUCCACUUCAAUGAGGACCGAUCGGUCCAAUCUGCCCUGUCGAAACGGUUCAAAAUAAAGCUUGAACGGCGAAGAUAUGUUACGUCUCUUGAAAUGUGUAUAGAACGCUCACGAAAGGCAACGCGCGGAUUGUAUGAGUGA